GCGAGAUAAACAUGGAGAAACAAUUCAAGGACAGGACAGGGUUGGAAUGAACGCGAGUAGUUCAACACUUCACUGUCACUUUCACUGUCUCUCUCCGACUCUCCUCCCUUUGGCGUCGUUACCAUGGCAGCGCGGGGCAGGACCCAGUCAGGCUCCGCCGGUGACAGCCGCGUGCUCAGUCGGCGCGCGGAUCCUCCACGACUCACACCGUCAGCCCAGGGGAAACGUCGCGCACCUGAGAUCGGAGCCUCGAUGGAGGAGCGCAGAGUUCACCUCCUCGGCUGGGACGCGGGGGCUAGUCAGCUGAUCUGACCGGGGAAUGCGAAUAUCUCUCCGGGAUUAGAGGCUUACCGAGGCGACAACAAUGCCCCGCGUCCCGCUCCCGCACUCCCGGCUGGUGUUGGCGCGGCGGCGGACGGCUCUUCGUCAACUGCUCUAGCUGGUCUCGUGCCCAGACAGCGGGUGGUCUAAUAUGACUCCCUGGCCCUUCGCAUACGGCAGCUUCCCUCGGUGUCUCCCGCUCUGCUUGUUGGUGCUGGCCGCGUGCGCUGGAGCUGCUCGACCGGGUGAGGGUGAGUGUUGGUCUUCAAGGAUCAGUUCCUGCGCAGAGUGUCUCACACGUGGACCGCAGUGCGCCUGGUGCUUCAAGGAGGACUUUCUCGAAGGAGCUAGCUCAAGCUAUCGCUGUGACCUGCCAGCAAACCUGCUAAGAAGAGGCUGCGGACCAGAGUUCAUGGAGCAAACGGAGAUCAAGGUGGAGGUCAACGCUACCAUCAGCAGCACGCAAGUCUCCCCACGGGACAUCAGCAUCCACCUCAGACCAGGUUCACAUGCCAGUUUCAUCGUCGCUGUGAAGCAGCUGCCACGCUACCCUGUAGACCUCUAUUACCUGGUGGACGUUUCAGCAUCAAUGCAGGAAAACCUUGAUCAUUUGAAGACUGUUGGUGUGGCGCUGACUCUCCGUAUGACGGAGCACUCGUCUGAUCUCUGGCUGGGCUUUGGCUCAUUUGUCGACAAACCUGUCUCCCCAUAUAUUAAUGUUCAUCCCUCCAAGAUCAACAACCCCUGCAGUGACUAUGAGAUCCGCUGUCGGCCGGCCCAUGGCUACCACCACGUCCUGAGCAUGACUGGAAAUAUGAGCGAGUUUACACGUGUCAUCAAACGCCAGCGUAUCUCUGGAAACAUGGACACACCAGAAGGAGGACUGGACGCCAUGCUGCAGGCGGCCGUCUGCCAAAAAGCGGUGGGUUGGCGGUCAGAGGCGAAGCACCUCAUGCUGCUGAUGACAGACCAGCCAUCUCACCUCGCCCUGGACAGCAGACUGGCAGGAAUUGUAGUGCCACAUGACGGACGGUGUCACCUGGAGAACAACGUUUACACCGAAAGCACCAGGAUGGAUCAUCCCACUUUGGGCCAGUUGUCUGACAAGUUGCUGGAAAACAACAUCUACUCGAUAUUUGCUGUGGAGAACAAACAGCAACAGUGGUACGAGGAGUUGGUGCAGCUGCUUCCUGGCUCCUACCUCGGGAAGUUGGGCAUUUUCCAGGCCCCUAACCUCAUUGAUCUGGUUGUGGAUGCCUACAAGACAUUGCUGUCAGAGGUGGACGUGUCAGUGACAAUCGAUGACCAGGCGGCCAGCAGGUACUGGGUGUCUGUGUCGCCUCUCUGCCCACCAGGGUCCACUGCCCACGGCCAGCGCUGCGUCGGAGUCAAACCAGGGCAGACGGUGUACUUCAACCUCACAGUCGGGCAGCAGACUUGUGCCACGGAGGGCGAAGACGAAGAAAUAACAAUGAUGGUUCGGCCCAUCGGAUACAAUGAGUCCACCAAAGUCAGGAUUCAUUCGAGAUGCCGUUGCAGUUGUGGAUCGACUGGGCGCUGCCAAGACGGGGACUUGUUUUGCCCCGCAGAAGGGACCAAACAGGAGCAAAUGCUCCAACACGAACUGAAUCACAGAGAUUCCAAUUGCAGAGCUGAUGGCUCCACAGUGGACUGCAGCGGCCGGGGCACGUGUGUAUGCGGGAGAUGUGCGUGUGAACAAAGUAGACUCGGGCUGGUUCAUGGGAAAUACUGUCAAAUCGAUGACUUCUCUUGCCCCUACCACGGUGGGCUUCUCUGUGGAGGGCGGGGAGUGUGUGUUUUAGGUGAAUGUAAAUGUGAGGAGCAAUGGGAAGGCGAGAGCUGCAGUUGUCCGACCUCCACUGACACAUGCCAGUCACCAGAUGGCAGCGUGUGCAGUGGGCGGGGGCGGUGCGUCUGCGGCAAGUGUUCGUGCGACGACCCUAAAUUUUUGGGGAGCUUCUGUGAGAGCUGUCCUCUCUGCCAAAACAGCUGCCAAACGUACUGGAAGUGUGUGGAUUGUCAUCUGUCUGAAGGUCUGGCUCUGGCAGAUCCUGGAAAGUGCAACAGCUCUUGUGCCUCGUCGGUGGACUUUGUGGAAGAUGUUUCAGGUCUGACAACUCCUGCAGCUACGAGUGGUCACUCGGGAGAGAUCCUGUGCAAGUACAUCAGUAACGACAGCUGCCGCUACCGCUUCCAGACAAGCUCCCAGUCUGGAGAGAGACACCUUUAUAUCAGCACAAGACCAGAAUGUUCCAGCAGAGGUCAGCUGGUGGGAACUUUCCUGAGUGUCUGUGCUCUGACCGUGAUGUGUGGUCUGGUGCUGGUGGUCUUGUCCAGGAUGUUCUUACAGAGGAGACUACGCGCCAGAGAGGGCGCUCCUGAGGUGGACGGCUUCAUCUGCACUGGCAAGGAUUUAGCCUACAUCCCCACCACCAACGAGAAGACUGUCACGUACAGGAGGGAUUGUCCGCCUGAACGGCCGGUGGAGUUGGAUCUCCAUGUUCCCAAGAUGCCGCUUGGUGACCCUUGGCCGUAGUGGCUAGAAUAUUUAUCAGGUGAUUCGGGGAAAGAAGCUUUGGACUGACAGUUUCCUCUCUGGUGAACAAUGUUUAACAUCCUCCGCCUCUUUGUGGAGGAAAUGAUGAACUCAAACUUGCAUGACCCUGGAAAAUCAAGCAUUAACUUGGACUGUUGUUACUUUCAUGGCCAGUAUCCUAGAAACUAAGAUCCUCAUCUUGUAGCUGCUGGGGUGCUUUUAGUGGGGAGAAGUGGGGAAACGUAUUUAUAAUUUUGGUGGUUUAACUCUACUUUUUAAGUCUUUGUGAUUGCCUGACACUGUCCUAUCCUUGAGUCGACAUUUGGUACUACUUUUUUUUUUUUUUCAAAUACUGUAAUAUUACUGACCUCAGUUGAACUUAACAAUCGCCUUCAUAGCACAAUUGUGGCUUAUUUAAUUUGUCUAUUUUUGAGUUGUAAGGUAUGAAUAAUCUGUGUAGUCUUGCACUUGAAGCAUUGCUCUGUUGUACUACUGAAAUCUGAGGGUGGCAUUGUAGUUUAAAAAGUAUAUUUGCAUUUCUGAAUGUUCAAUUGGGAAUAGUAAGUGGUCAGAAAUAACUAGGAGAGAGCUCCUGUCAUUUCUGCCGUGGUCUCAGCGAUUGAAUGAAACUGAAUUGAACAUACGGUACAAAACAGCUCUGAUGGUACAGAGAUCAACUGUCACAUGCACUUGUUGUUUUCAACCGCUGACUGUUUAAGACAUAUCUUGAUCUUCUUGUGUGGAUUGUUGUUGUUUGCAGCAGCCGCUGCUCUGUUUUACUGUAAGUCGGGAACACUAAUAACUAUUUAUUUGUGAUUUUGUUCUCUUACUAUCAUCAACAGUCUUGGCUGUUGAGUAGUGACUUCUAUCCUUCAAAUGUUCCAGCAAUAUACUGAUGAUCAUCUCAUCACAGCAGGCAAACUGAAGCACUUUCUAGUGUAGUUUUUGAUGUCAAGAAAUGUGACUGGUUGUCCACUACAAUUGUUUGCAUCCAAAUUA